AUGUCUGAAACUCCUGCUGCUAACAUUUUGGGUACAAUCGGUACUGUAUGCUGGUGUAUUCAGCUGAUUCCACAGAUAAUUCACAAUUAUCGUCACAAGAACUGUGAGGGCUUAAGACCGCUGAUGCUGUUCUUGUGGUCAGCCAGUGGUGUUCCAUUCUCCAUAUACUUUGUCUCUAGAAGAUCGUCCAUUCCAAUCAUGGUCCAACCACAAAUCUUUACCACGCUUUGUGUGAUAACCUGGGCACAAGCGUUGUACUACCCACCGGUUCAGGUCUCUCGGAAGAGACUAAUAACACUUAUUUCCACUUUCUUGGUUGUGGGAAUUGCAUUGGAAGCAGGGUUCAUCAUCCCAUGCAGAAACGCAUAUGAUGAUGGCACUGAAUGGCCUUCUUUAAUCUUUGGUGUCAUUGCAUCUAUCCUGCUUGCAGUCGGGUUGGUUCCUCCAUAUUUCGAAUUGGCAAAGAGACAGGGAAGAGUUGUCGGUAUCAACUUUGUAUUCCUGUCACUCGACUUUUCCGGUGCUUUCUUCAGUAUCUUGUCCUUGGUAUUUGCCAGAGAAAUGGACAUCAUGGGAAUUGUGCUCUACUGUAUCGUCGCCGCUAUGGAGUUGGGUAUCUUCACCUCCCAUGUCGUUUGGUGGAUUAGAAUCGGUAGACACCAGAAAAAGACUGUUGAUGAUGAAGAGGCACACAAGGACUUGCAUAUAGACAUAAUAUACUAA